AAUUGAAUUUUAAUUAGCCCUUGAAAUAAUGAGUAGUUAAUGGCUUUAAGCAAUGUAGACUGAUUCAGUUCUAUGUAAAACUCGUAUGAACGCUGUUGUCAAAUCGGAAUCAUAAGCUAAGAUGACCUUACAGUAUACUGCGGUAGCAGGUGUGAUAUUUUUGAUGUUUUACAAAAUGCAUUUGCUGGAAAGUCGCCGUAUCGAAUUUACCAAUAUAAAAUGUACUUCUGCGGACGAAGAAUUCUGUGAUUUUGAAUAUUGCUUUCUGAAAGCUGCGAAUCGCACUUACAAAUACUUAUCACUCAAGGUCCGGCUCCACAAGAUACCAAUACAUCAAUUUACGGUGAAUCUGGCAUUACGCAAGCGAUCAAAUGGCCUAACACCCAUUAACCAAAAUAUAACUUUUGACGGUUGUAAGAUGGUAGCAGAUACCGGAAAUACCAUUAUUUCAUUUCUCUUUUCCUUGUUUAAGCCCUACUCAAACAUCAACCAUUCCUGUCCCUACAAUCAUGAUCUUCUUGUGGAUAAGCUGCCCACCCACUUUAUACACCAACAGUUCACCAAAUAUGUUCCGUUGCCGGAAGGCGAUUAUGUGUUCAAUAGCAACUGGAUUUCAAAUGGCACAAAUCGAGCCACUGUUAGGGUUCACUUAUCGUUUGCGUAAUGUAAUAAAAUAAAUGCUUUAAAUUUUGGUUUUAAUUAGGGCUGUGCGCCAUAUAGAUUAAUUGUUAGUUAUUUCGUAUUUUGAACAAUAAAGUCAACAAUUAUUUCAAUCAUAAA